UGAGUAUGCCCUUAGGAAUACUCAGCGGCCCCCAAGGGGAGUAUAAAGGACCCUCUCGCGCCCAAAAAGAGUGUCGAGUGUCGAGGCGAUCCCGAACCUGAAGUUGAUAUCCCAGAGAGAUACGAUCCUCGCACUAUCUGGACCAACUGCACUACGUUCUAUAUCCGUGUCCAGGCGAAUUGCGGGUCAUGUUGGGCUGUGUCUACCGCAUCUGCUAUUUCGGAUCGUAUUUGCAUCGCUACCAAAGCUGAGAAACAGGUAAACAUGUCCACCACAGACAUAUUGACAAGCUGCUCUCCACAGUGCGGUAGAGGGUGCCAUGCAGGCUGGUCUAUUAGAGCUUGGGAAUACUUUAUAUAUGACGGAGUUGUUUCUGGAGGAGAAUACCUUACAAAAGGUGUCUGCCGUCCCUAUCCGAUUCAUCCACGUUUACAUCAUGGAGAUGACACCUACUACGGUGAAUGCCGUGGGACGGCGCCAACCCCGCUGUGUACAAGGAGAUGCCAGCCCGGUCUUAGGAAACUAUACAGAAUAGACAAGCGCUACGGUAAAGAUGCUUAUAUGGUAAAACAGUCAGUCAAAGCCAUUCAGACUGAAAUAUUGAAGAAUGGACCGGUUGUUGCCACGUUCGCAGUUCAUGAUGAUUUUAGCCAUUACAUUCGGGAAUCUAUAGGCACAGUGCUGAUUCGCUACGAGGAUACCAUGCUGAGAAGAUGA